UAAGCUGGCAUAUAUCUACACAACGCGAAAUAGCUUGCUUUGUUAGUUUCAAACACGUUUGCUUAGAGUAAGUACGCGAGUACCAUGCAAUAGAAAGUUACUGGAAAAUGGAGGUAAUCAGUGUUAUAUUGUUUUCCUUCGCCUUGGCAAGUGUGGGUGAAUCGGCCAACAUUCUAUAUGUGGUGCCGUUUACAUCAAAAUCCCACUACAUAAUGCUGAAGCCGAUAGGAGUCGAACUUGCUAAAAGAGGCCACAAUGUCACUGUAAUUGUGGGCCAUAGGGAUCCGAAACCGCCGCCGAAUUACCAUCAAAUUAUUGUGGAUCACAAGGAGAUCUGGGAAAUUCUGGGCGGCAAAAGACCUAAUGUUUUCACAAUGGUCGAUAUAUCUGCUGAGAAAUUUCACGAAACAAUUCUAUGGGGCGGUGGCCUUGGCAUGACGGAGACAGCAUUAAAUACAAGUGAUGUACAAAAGUUCCUCGCGGAAGAUAAUCAUUUUGAUCUGGUUAUUAGUGAACAGUUCUUCCAAGAAGCUCUUUAUGUUUUGGCGCAUAAGUACGACAGUCCUUUAGUUUUAAUUACAACAUUUGGAAAUUGUGUAAGACACAACAUUAUCACAAGAAAUCCUCUACAACUAGCAACGGUUGUAUCAGAGUUCCUGAAUUUGAAGGAGCCGACGAGUUUCUGGUCGCGAAUGAGGAAUUUAUAUUUUACCGUUUAUGAGUACGUGUGGUGGAAGUAUUGGUAUUUGGAGAAACAGGAGCAAUUGGUGAAGAAGUACAUUCACAACUUGCCGCAGCCGGUGCCAAGUUUGUAUGAACUGCAGGGGAACGCAUCCUUGAUUCUUCUCAAUGGACACUUCAGUUUUGACACUCCAACAGCGUACCUGCCCAACGUUGUUGAAGUCGGUGGAGUCCAUUUAUCUAAGAGUGAUGGGAAAUUACCUCCGGAUCUGCAAAAGCUUUUAGACGACGCUGUGCACGGAGUCGUGUAUGUGAAUUUUGGGUCCAACGUACGGAGCUCUGAACUACCUACUGAAAAAAAGAACGCAUUUCUUAACGUAUUCAGAAGAUUGAGGCAGACUGUUAUAUGGAAAUGGGAGGACGACACUUUGCAAAACAUACCGAAGAAUUUGGUGUUGCGAGAUUGGUUGCCACAAAAAGAGAUUUUAUCUCACCCCAACGUAAAAGUUUUCAUAUCGCAUGGUGGUUUAAUUGGCACGCAAGAAGCUAUAUUCUAUGGAGUGCCAAUUAUCGGUGUGCCAAUUUAUUCUGAUCAAUAUAAUAAUUUAUUGCAAGUCGAACAACAUGGCUUUGGAAGGAUAUUGGAAUACAAAAACAUUGAUGAGAUGUCUCUACAGAUACUGCUGGAUGAUAUUUUAAAUAAUGAAUCAUACAGUAUCAAGGCUAAAGAAGUCUCGAAGAGAUUUAAGGAUAGACCCCUAAGUGCUAUGGAUACAGCGAUAUUUUGGAUUGAGUAUGUAAUACGGAACAAAGGAGCCAAUUUUAUGAAAAAUCCAGCAAGAGAUUUGAGUUGGAUGGCGUACAGUAUGCUUGACGUUUAUUUAUUGAUAUUAUUUGUGGUUUUGUUGUCUAUUUACGCAGUGUUUAAAGUUAUAAAACUGUUGACUAAAGCUACUCUACCUGACUCUAAAGUUCAUAAGAAAAAGAGAUCGUAAGUAACUGGUCACAUUUAAUUUAAUGUAAUAGAUAAAUAAAUAAUUAUUAUUAAA